AGCAGGAGGAGGAAGUGGCUUCGUCUGCAGAGAAAUCGUUUUUUCACUAUAUUUCCCCUCCCAGCACUUCUGAGGAGGGGGAGGAAGAGAGCAGUGUGCUGAAUCCGAGCUAGGACAGCUGUGCUGGGGUUCCGCAGAACAGCAAAGGGGGUUAAUUGCCGGGAGGGUGGAACAAGGCUGCAAGGAAGGCAGAGCCCGCCACUGCUGCUGCUACUUUAGGAGAACAACGGGACCGAGUUUUGUUUUGACCACAACCUGCAGGAUGAAAAAGAAUUUCCCUGCUAGUUUGUGUUAGCUGCGAAGAGCCAUGCUCCUCUACAGUUGUGCUGCUACAUUUAGAAGACAAAGAAAGAUUUUUCCUUCUGUUUAAUUACCAAUGCUGCUCUGAUGUUUGCAGGGGUCCAUGGAAGCCAGCUGGAUGCUGCCAGGAGGCUGGUCCAUCGCUGCUAGUGACCCUGCUGAGAGCGUUGCUGCAGAAGGAGCUCAACCCUCGUGGCGGUUUGAAAGCACCUGUGGCUCUUUGCCAUGUCCUUCGCAGGCUACCUGCUGCUGCUUUUGCAGGUGUCCUGUUUUGCAGAAGAAAUGACAGAGCUCUGGGCAGAGGAAGGAUCCUCUGUCACGAUGCACGCACCGGCUAUUAGGAACAUCAGCUUGGCCGAGUGGGAAUACAUAAGAGAGAACAUCCCCGAAUUAAUCCUGCAGUACUACGCAGAGUCGCAGUCAGUAACCAUUUACCCAGCUUACAAAGGCAGAGUGGUUUUCUACGAAAACAACGGCUCCCUUGUCCUGCAGAAGCUGCGAGAGACAGACAGUGGCAUCUAUAAAGCAACAGUUAACUUGUUGCAGGAUAAAGCGACAACAACCACUCUUAGAGUGAUCAAGCCCUUGCCCCAGCCCAAGCUCCUGAGCAGCUCAAACCUGGCCGGUUCACUCAUCAACCUGACCUGCGUGCUGCCAGAAGGAACGGUGGCUGAUGUCUUCUGGAAGAAGGAUGGACAUCCCCUUCCUCCCGAAAAUUGCUUCCAGCUCACUGGGAAGACCACCGAGCUGCAGAUAAGGAAGGCAGAGAAGUCGGAUUGCGGCUCCUACUCCUGCAUAAUCAACAACUCCAUAAGCUGGAAGGAGGCAGCCCUCAACCUGACCGUGACAGGUCUUACACCUCCUGCCCGUGCUGCACAGAUGAUGACCGCUGCUGCGCUGGUGCUCACUGCCAUCUCUGCCGUCCUCUUCGUUAUCUGGCUCACUCAGCCUGGGAAGCUCAGACUCGGAAAGGAAGCAUGGAAAUGGUUAAUGAUGUCCAUCCUGGGGCUGCUGUGCACCUCUUCUCUCCUCCUGUUGGCUGCCUCUGUCAUCUGGAUGCAGGAAGAUGGUCAUUCUGCUGCCUUCAUCCUGCUCGGGCUUUUCCUCUCGGCUGGGAUCAUGGCCAUGGCACUGACGGCGGUGGCGAUGUCGCCGUGCAGACCAGCAGUGCACACAUGCUUCAGGUCCAAAGGCUGGCACCGUGUCAUCCUGUGCAUUACAGCCACAACGCUGGUAGUCAACCUGCUGUUCAGCAGCCUCCUGCUCCACAACUUCUAUCAGCUCCACGAGCGGGGCUGCUCAGAGGCUGUCAAUCUGACCAUUGGCUUCGUCAUUCCUGCUGUGGCAGUCCUCUCCAUGCUAAUGCUCCUCUUCCUGUGGUCUUACAAGAAAAAUCAGGAGAGGCAGCAGCAGCCGGACCCCCAGGAGGUCACCCACAGCUUACAGACCACGUCCACCUUGGUGAAUUCCAGCAAACAUGAGGUGUCUCCUUCUCUGGUUGCUGCAGAUACUCGUCAUGUAACAAGGAAUAUUUAAUACUCACCGAGAAGCAUCCAUCUGCCUUCCUGCAGAACGGCACGGGUGGAUUUGUCACCACCUGGGGGGUGACAUCCGAAGAACCAGUCAUUGGAAAAGCUGGUACAUUCCUCCUAGGCCAGUCCAGAAACUGAACUAGUGCCAAAGUGGAUACUGGAUGAUUUUGAGUCUUAAGGAUUCUUUGUAAUACAUCUAGGUUAGAUUGCAGCUCUUUUGUAAGGGAGCUUCCCGUAGUUCCCGACUGCUCAUCUCCUGUCCUGUAGAUCAGUGAUGGUGCUCGAGAGCCUUUCCUUUUCCUCCAGCUAACAACUGGUGUUUACACAGAACAGGUCACCUGCCUCCCCACUCCCCCUCACGAGGAAGCUGCAGACCGCGAUGAGGUCCCCCCUCAGCCUCCCCUUCUCCAGGCUGACCAGGCCCAGUGCCCUCAGCCAUCUUCCCCUGUAGGCCCUUCACCAUCUUCAUCGCCCUCCUCUGGACACCCUCCAACAGUUUCGUGUCCUUCUUGUGCUGUGGUGCCCAGAACUGCUCACAGCACUGGAGGUGAGGCCGCACAGCGCAGGGCAGGCAGGCAGGACAGUUCCUUCCCUUGACCGACUAGCGAUGCCGUGCUUGGUGCACCCCAGGGUACGGCUGGCAAUAUGUGAUUACAGAUCCCACACUGGUCUGCCUUUUUGCAGGUGCCCUUUCCUGGGUACUGACCAUUAUUGUAGUUUGUAAAUUCUCCUUUUCUAUUUUUAUAUAUUCAUAUAUAUAUAUAUAUAUAUACUCACAUAUAUAUAUAUAUAUUUAUAUAUACGUAUAUUCUGAUUUUUUAUAUAUAUUUAUAAGCACCUGUGACCUAGCCUGUGCUGAUUUCCCUUACACAGGGUCUUAAUUGACCUUGUGGUCACACCGCAGCUGUCAGUGGCUUUACAUCCUUUGUGGACUGUAGUGUUUUAGGUGGAGCUGAAGGUCCCCCUUUUUUGUCCCCCUGGUAUCAUCUGAGAAAUAUUUUCAUACAUGAAAAAAACUAAUGAAAGGAAAGGAAAGGAAAGGAAA